AUGAAGAUCAUACUACUACUCUUUGUUUCCCUUGCAAUAUCCCUUCCCUUAGCAACUUGCAACAACAACCAACUAUUGGUAGAUGUACUCGAUAUCGAUGGUAAACCCCUCAAUGCAAGCAGUAGGUACUACAUGAUUCCGCCCCACCACUCCAUUGAGGACGGAGGCAUGAGCCUAGCUGAUCUUGGGGAUCAACAACAAAACACUUGUCCAACAUCGGUUGUGGAAUCUCUAGAUGUUGCAGACUAUGGUAUUGGAGUUUAUUUUGUACCUAAAAAUCCCAAUUACAAAAAGAUUGUGGAGUCCUCUCCGCUAAACAUCAAAUUUUAUAUUGAUUCUUUAAAUUCGUGUACUGACCUAAUGGUGUGGAAGGUCGAUAACAUUGGUAAACUUGUGCCGCAACAUGGGCAUACCAUAAGCACGGGUGCAAAGUUGGGAAAUCCUUUCGAUGUGAGCAGCUGGUUCCAAAUUAAACAUGUUGCUCGUUAUAGUUAUAAGCUAGUGUUCUGUCUCGACAUAGAAUGCUACAACAUUGGCACCGUUAGACAAAAUGGAUAUAAUCGUUUAGUUCUCGCGGAGAACCCAAUGGUGUUUAACUUCAAACUGCAUCCUCCCUAUGGAAAGGCCCAAGCAUAUUGA